AGCGCACAUACCAUAGUAACGGCAGCCAACCCUCGCCUUGUAGUCGCACCUCUAAGUUUCGUAGAGUAGCAACACCUCGCUACCAUUUCUCAUUUGGCCCUCUCCUCAACGCCCCGCGAUAUCGCGUCACAAGCAAGACAGUACCCUUCAGCAACAGCGACAUUGACAAGCUAUUCCCAGCGAAUCCUCAACCAUGUCCGGCAGAAACGCCAUCGUGGCCAUCAUCGUCUGUCUCCUCGCCGCUAUCGCCAUUUUCACCGUUUUCCACAGAAAGAUCAUCCAUUUCAUCGCGCAGUGGAUGGCCGACGCGAAAAACGCCGAAGCCACCGUGAAGGAAUCCAAAAAGGCAGCCUCUGAGAAGUCCGAGCCAUCUGUCAGAUCCGAGGCAAGAUCUGGAUCAAAGAAGGCCGACGACGAUAGAUGCGAUACUGUUUCAUCGGCGUCGUCAGGCCCGGAUCUUCACGUCCAAACCAUAGUCUAAUCCAAGU